AUGGGGCACUUCGGGGGAAUGCAUAGACAGCAUCCCUUCUCCGUAGCAAAAGAAUCUCCACCACCGCUCCGGAGCUUCAACGUCAGAGGAUUUCAUCUACACUUCACGUUCGUAAACCGAAAUCAGACGUCCCACUCAACAUCAGGUUCAUCUAUACAUCGCCAUCAAAAAACAUGA